AUGUCAAAGUACGGCCCAUUUUUUUAUGCCACCCCGAAAAUUAUAUUAAAAAAAAUAUAUUUUGUUAAUUUUUUUUUUCAGAUACGGAGGCAGUUAUGUCUAUCACAAGCCAUUCAGUCACAUUGUGUUCUACAAAAACAGUUUCGAGCUCAGAAUGAGACAAGCCGUAACUUGUGGGGUUGGCUUAACUCUGUGUUUAACAGGGUUGACAAAGAUCGUGUAAAGACAGUAGGACCAGACAGAGCAUGUGCAGAAUGGUUAUUGCGAUGUGGAGCCAGUGUUCGGUGGGCUGGGUUUGAUCACUGGGAGAAAGAUUAUAAUCGUCUGCCCGCAGGAAAUUUUGACAAGUACAAAAUUUCAGAAAUUGAUGCCUCCAACUCUGCUGUAAUGGGCAUUGGCUUUCCUCAUUUAGAGGGGCUCAAAGAAGUGAAGAAGAUAGUGUUACAUAACUGUGGUUACCUGGAUGACAGCGCCAUAGAGUUACUUCCCUUAGUGAAGGACUCGCUGAGAGAACUUCAGAUCAGCAGUUGUGGAGAUGUGACCCAGCGUAGCCUUCCCUCCAUUGCUGAGCUACAAAAGUUACAGAGUUUGGUGAUGUUUGAUCUGCCCGAGAUAAAGGACAGGAAAGGUGCUUUGGAAAUGUUAUCAUCUGCCUUACCCAAAUGUAAAAUUGCUUUCUAUGAUUUACCAGAAAAAGAAAGCAGUGGCGCAUAACAAAUAUUUGUUGAGCUUUAUGUAGCACUUUUUAGGUCAGCAGUUACCCUAAAGAAAAAAUGUCCAUGACUAGCUUGCCCACUUUUCAUGAUUGUGAGAGCUCUAUUGAUUUUAGAAAGGUGAUUUGAGGUUUGCUUUGAACUUGGGGUGAUAUUCUACUGGCAAAUUGUAAGCUUCAGCACCAAAAAUAAUAUUUUGUGACAUAAUGGUUGGAUUCUACUCUGUUGUGUUGUUGGUCCAGUUGCAGGUUUAUGGGAAUUUGUGCUUCAGGUUUUGCAAACACAUACAAGCCUUACAAACAUCCCGUCCUAUAAUGCUACUUCACUGGAACAUUAUGUCGAAAACAUUAGAAAGGAUGUCUUACGCAGUCAUAACGUUCUGAAGCUUGGUAGAUCCGUGCUUGGCUUGUCAUUACUUGGCCAAUCAGUACUUUGCCAGUCAUUACUUCUCAACUUACCAAGCAACUAAGUACUAAGAUUGCCAGUUUGAAAGUAUUAGGUGUAGAGUCUUUUUGAGUCAACAGUUUCUCAGUUUUUGCUUAACGCAUAUCAAGUAACCUUUCAUGCUGUGCUUCAAGUCCAGAGUGAUACGAAUCACAAAUUUACAAACACAUGUUUAUUAAGUGUCUGAAACCACUACCAAUGCUAAUAUCUGUAUCUGUGAUGUGUUCAGCUUUUUUUUUUGUUAAGAUGUCAGAA